GCUGUGCUCAAGGGCCUGAACUUUUGUUGCGGCGAGGGGGAUUUCUGCGGCCCCCCAGAGCGUAGGUUGGCAUAACCAGCCAAGACACAUCUUCCCCCUAUCGCUCUGCCAGUCGCUCUUCCGAGACCGUACUGGGGUUCCCCCGUUUUUUUGUCCGUUUUUCUUGUCGAUGGCGCAGGAUGGUUUCUCGAGGGCCCCGUGGGUUCGACAGAACGGUGCUGGCGGCCCGGGCAAGGGCGGUGGCGGCGUCGGAAACGCUAGGAAUCAUACUUUCCAUCACAAGAAGGGUGAGGUACUCUCGGGAUCUCCCUGGCUCUGCAACGUUUGCGGAUGCGGGAAGAACCUCAUCUCCUCGCCAUACUGCAAGCACUGCUCCGCGCCAUGGAGUGGUGAGGUGCUUCCUGCUCAUCCUCGCCCUGCUGGCGCUUGGGCUGGCGGUGUGCCUCCCCGCAUUCGCUCACCUCUCCCCGUCGGAGCUGUCUACGGCAAGGGCGGGGCGGGAGGCUGGGAGGCACAUGGCAUGUGGCGAGGAUGGCAGCACCAGCCAGCUCCAGUGCAGCCAGGCUCGUGGUCUCGCGUCCCAGGGCCACAGGGCAACGGAGCAGGUGGCGGCUAGCAGUCUCGUUUGAAUAGCUUCAGCGUUGACGAGCUCGAGACGUUCCUCAGGAUACAUGAAAUCUGGGCAGCAUUGAGGAGGUGGGAAAGUGCAAGGCGCAGUUGGCUGCUUUCCGCCUGCCUUCUCAGCAGCAUCUCUCGCUUGAGGAGCAGCUGGCGCGAUGCCAGCGGGACCGCCUUCGCCACGGCAGCCGCUUUGAUAAAUAAUUCAACAAUAUCGACUCGCUGCAGGCAUCUCGCGAAGCCCACCGCGAGCAGAAAACACGUGUUUCUCGCAAUGAAAGCAGGGACAACGGCGGCGUGGCCAAGCCUGGUGCUGAAGUGGGCGACGUGCCUCGUCCUGAGGCUGCGGGAUCAGGUUCGGCGCCAUCUCCUGCCGCAGAGAUUGGAGCUGCUGACCCCGACGUGGCGGUGCCACUUGCGGCAGGCGAGGCCAUGCUUUCUCGCGUGCGCGCGCAGGCAGCCAAGGUGGCAGGUGAGCAGCCGACCCACGCCGCAGGCACCGCGUGAGUCGUUUUCCUGCGAGGGGGAUCGGCGUCAUCUGAAUGACCGCAGUUUUUCCAUCGGGCAGAGCUACCGCCCCGGGCCAUCCUGAAUCCCUUGCCGCCGGCCCCGACGUUGAAGCUAUA